AUGACAGUCAGGAGAAAAACAAACAACGCCAUAAAAGAUGAGGUGAAUGAAUCAGAGGACAGAGAGGUGGACAUCGAUGUGUCUGAGGAGACGACAACAGGUGUUUCUGAACCACAACAAAGCAAAGAGACGACAUGUAGGACAGCUGAUCAGAGUCGAGGGAGUGAUGACUCCACUGAGGUAUCAGGGGAAGACGAGGAGAUAAAAGAGGAGAAAGAAGAGGAUAAACCUUCAGAGACUCUUCCCCUGGAGACUCUGUUCUCUGGCAUCAGCCUUAUCAGUCUGACAGAUGCCAAAAAACAUGACGUGAGGGAUGAGCCAGGACGAGACCUGUGGUCUGUGAAGAACUUUGCCUGUUAUUUGACCUUUGACCCCAACACUGCUAACUCAGAGCUCCACCUGACCGACCGCAACAGGACGGCGACUCGCGUGUGGUCGGACCAUCGAUCUUCAGACCACCCAGACCGGUUCGAGCGCUGCCCUCAGGUCCUGUGCAGGGAGGGGCUGUUGGACUCAGCGUACUGGGAGGUGGAGUGGAGCGGCGGCGCCGAUAUUGGCGUCACCUACAACAGCAUCUCCAGAGACGGAGACAUGAUGAGCUGCCUGCUGGGACACAACGAGCGGUCCUGGAGUCUGGAGUGCUCGGACAGCAGCUACACGCCGUGCUACAACAACAAGAGGUUCAGGUCCUCCUCACCUGAACCCUUCACCCGCACAGUCGGGGUUUACCUGAACUGGUCUGAUGGAUCCCUGUCCUUCUACUGCAUCUCUCAGGACGCCAUGGUCCACCUCUACACCUUCACCUCCACCUUCACCGAGCCUCUGUACCCGGGGUUCUGGGUGUGGGCCUACGACGGCUCGGUGUCGCUGCGUCAGGUGGAGUUAGACUGGGAACGACUGCUGCAGUGACCCGCUGACACCUGACAGGAAGCUCAUUGGCUGAUCCAGUCACAUCAGAGAUUCAGCUGCAUGUUUCUCUGAGAUCUUUGAUUCUAGAGGUUUGGUAACAAGAGCUGGUUGAUAAACUGUAGCUCACAAAUUAACUGCUCAGCUCAGGAGGAGCGAGGAGGCCGUCUGGGACACAAGAGACCAUCCUCCACUGAAGUCUUUUAUCACACCGACACAUCAGCUUAUCAGAAUCAGCUUGAUCAAAAAACAGAUUCAACUCAGCUGUAAUAUCAACACCAGGUGCAGGUCAUUUAAAGCUUUAUCUCACAGUCGGAGAGAGGAAGAGUCAGUUUUACUUUUUAAAUUGAUUCAUUUUGAAUUAUCAGGUUGAAAAGUUUUCUAUUUUUAUAUAUGUUUAUUUUAAUGAAAGGACUUUGGCCUCAGAAAGGUUGGUAUCACUGCUGAUGUAAUCCCUUCAUCCACCUUUAGAUCACUGCAGACACUGACAUUGGUUCUGGGUCAGUUCUGGUUCUCUGACAGUUUAUUUCAUGCAGAACAUUAAUAAACCAGCAUUAAUAAAACCUGA